AGUGCAAUAAUACACAAGUGUGUGUGUGAUCGAGAGUUUGUUCGUAGUGGAGACAUGGCAAAAGUAUUCUCAGUUUUUAACCUGAUUGCUGUUAUUCUUGUGCUCAUACUUAGUUUCUUGUUGUAUGAUAGAAAUGCACCAUCAGGUCCCUUUGAUUUUUACAUAAUUAGUUUCAGAUGGCCGCAGUCAUAUUGCAAUCCACCUGGAGUGAAAUGCGAAACUCCAAUUAAAGACUAUUUCACCAUACAUGGGAUAUGGCCGCAAUAUAAUCCUAACACUCAAGUUCCUCCCUUCAACAAAAGCGGAUGCACUACCACAACACCCACACCAGUAGCUGGUAUUACGCAGCAACUAUUAGCUCCAAUUUUAGGAGACAUGACAAACUACUGGCCAAAUCUGCAGAAAUACAGUAUUAUACAGCCAAAUUUGGUUUUUUGGCAAUCUGAAUGGAAGAAACACGGAAUGUGUUUUACUAACCCCGAUCAACCGCUGCAAUACUUCCAGGUUGCCUUAAAUUACAUACAACAACACAAUCUCCUAGAUAUUCUCAAGAACAGCGAUCCUCCCAUUGUUCCUGAUGAUACGGAAACUUAUGACCGUGAUCGCAUUAGAACUGUCAUCGGAAGUUCAUCAGUAGGAGUGCUCCCUGAAAUUCAUUGCAACAAAGAAACUCCUACAGCGACAGAGCAACUUAUGGAGAUUCGCAUUUGUUUCGACAAUAAGAAUGCUCCCAUCAACUGUCCAACACCAUUUAGUCCUGGCUGCGGAACCACUCAAAGUAUACGGUUUCCUAAAGCUUAAGCAUGGAUGCAAAAGCUGAAUGAAAGAAAUGUUGGGUACACUUGAAAUAAAAAAACUUAAAACUUGCUGUUGAACAAGAUGGCUAGGAAGCUCUGUAUUUCUUAUUAACUCAAACUGAAUACCAGUACAACUUAAACAGAGAAUUACUUUGGGA